AUGUACUCGACCGCUACAGCAAGCCGAGUGCUAUGCGCCUCAGGCAAACUUUCCAGACACCGACUACCCCAACCCGCGCGCAUCGCAUCGCUGCCAACCCAGACCCAGACCCAGACCCAGACGAGGCUAUUUACCAUCACUUGCCGUGCGGCGUAUGCUGCUGUGCCGCUGCCGCCGGCGAGAUCGGGAUCAGGGACCGACUUCGACGCACUGGUGGUUGGCGCCGGCGCCGGCGGAGUGACAGCGGCCGCGCUGCUCUCCAAAAGGGGCUAUCGCACGCUCCUGGUCGAGGCGAAAGAGCGCAUCGGCGGCCGGGCGUCGACGCGGCCCAUCGAUGGCUUCCUUGUGAACACAGGCGCCUUGGUCAUUGAGUUGGACGGUGCCGUGGCCAAGACGUACGAGGAGGUCGGGCUGCCGCUGAGCCUCCAUGAACCCCGGCGCGCCGCCACCGUCUUGCGUGUCGGCCGCCGUGACUUCAAUGUCGUCGAGAACUUGGCCGGUGUUGCUCGGAACAUCCUACCCUCUGUCUUUGCCUCCGCGUCCCGAAUGCUCCCCUACUUCCGUCCGGAGAAGGGUGAAUCCACUCGGUCAUGGCUCAACAAAUUCACACGCAGUCGGGCAAUUCACCACCUCAUCGACAAUGUUCUGGGCGCCAUGUUUGCUGCCCGAAGCGACGAGAUCCCUGCCGAAGCCUUUCUGCACUAUUUCGUCAAGGACACCUCCUACAAGAGAAUCGGCCUCCCCCCGGGGGGCACGAUCGAAGUGUGGAAACCUCUGGCGAAUUAUGUCGAGACCACCGGGGGCCAAGUCUGGCUGAAUUCUACGGUAUCCAAGCUCACGUUUGGCCCGGACGGCCUCGUGACGGGUGCCAUUGUCCGGAAAUCCGAAGGGUCGGAGGUCCAGGUCACGUCCAAAGUGACAGUGAGCAAUAUCGGGCCCCUGGGAACGGUCCGCCUCGCCGGUGCUGACAAUCUUCCUGGUGGCUAUGCCGAGGAGAUCAAGCGGUGGUCUGAUCCGGCCGCCAUCAUCACCGUCCACUUUGCAUCUCAACAGCCUCUGGCUACUUUCCCUUGCCUGGCCAUUUUCAGCAAGUCCCGCCGCAUGGUGUACGCUGGAAACUUCAGCGCCCCCGAGCUUCACCGUGCUCCCAAAGGAUGGUACCUUUAUUGCGGUGCCUCUGUCCCCGUCCCCGCGAGAGGUCAAUUCGAUGUGGAAGAAGAAAAAGCCCUGCUGCUUCAGGAUCUGCGUGAUCACUUUCCCGGCUUUGAGAAGGCCAAGAUCCUGGCCAUCGACGUGACGGCUCACGACUGGCCGGCGCAGCGUGCGGUCACCUGCUCAGACCAGCCCCAGACCACCGCUGUCGCCAAUCUUUUCAAUGUCGGCGACGGCGCGAAACCUUGGGCUUCCGGAGGCACUGCUGCUUGCGCGUGGACCGGCCAAAUCGUGGCUGAGAUGGUUACCAAGCAGUUCCCUUUGACGACGAAGGACUAA